GCACGGCCCUUAGCCGGGAGCACGGCCGCCUCCGCGGACUCCCGCCGCCGCUCCCCCUCGGCGCGUCCUGCGGCAGCGAGCGGCAUGGAGGAGGCCACCCCCGCGGGGCGCUGAUCCCCGCGCCGCGCCCGCGCGCACACGCCCCCCGCCGCCGCCGCCGCCGCCCCCAGCACCGCACUCCCCGCCCCGGCCCCACCAUGACCGGCUCCGCGGCCGACACUCACCGCUGCCCCCACCCCAAAGGCGCCAAAGGCACCCGGUCCCGGAGCAGCCACGCGCGGCCCGUGAGCCUCGCCACCAGCGGGGGCUCGGAGGAGGAGGACAAAGACGGCGGGGUGCUGUUUCACGUUAACAAGAGCGGCUUCCCCAUCGACAGCCACACCUGGGAGCGCAUGUGGAUGCACGUGGCCAAGGUGCACCCUAAGGGGGGAGAAAUGGUGGGCGCCAUCAGGAACGCCACCUUCUUGGCAAAGCCUUCAGUACCCCAGGUCCCAAACUACAGGCUGUCGAUGACAAUUCCAGACUGGCUCCAGGCGAUCCAGAAUUACAUGAAGACACUACAAUACAAUCAUACAGGGACCCAGUUCUUUGAAAUUAGGAAAAUGCGACCGCUGAGUGGGUUAAUGGAAACAGCAAAAGAAAUGACCCGAGAGUCCUUGCCUAUCAAAUGCCUUGAAGCUGUCAUCCUGGGCAUAUACUUAACCAACGGACAGCCUUCCAUCGAGCGCUUCCCCAUCAGCUUUAAAACCUACUUCUCAGGAAACUACUUUCACCAUGUUGUGCUGGGGAUUUAUUGCAAUGGCCGCUACGGCUCGCUGGGCAUGAGCCGAAGGGCCGAGCUGAUGGACAAGCCGUUGACCUUUCGGACUCUGAGUGACCUCAUCUUUGACUUCGAAGACUCCUAUAAGAAAUACCUGCACACGGUCAAGAAGGUCAAGAUUGGGCUGUAUGUGCCCCACGAGCCUCACAGCUUCCAGCCCAUUGAGUGGAAGCAGCUGGUUCUCAACGUCUCAAAGAUGUUGAGGGCCGACAUAAGGAAGGAGCUGGAGAAAUACGCCAGGGACAUGAGAAUGAAGAUCCUGAAACCUGCAAGUGCCCACUCUCCGACCCAGGUGAGAAGCCGGGGAAAAUCCCUGUCCCCCCGAAGGAGGCAAGCAAGUCCCCCAAGAAGGCUUGGCAGGCGAGACAAGUCGCCUGCACUGCCUGAAAAGAAGGUGGCUGAUCUUAGCACUCUGAACGAAGUGGGCUAUCAGAUCCGAAUUUAGCCAAGCCAUACCGGCCAGCAAGAGGGUUUCUGUGGUGCUUCUCUCUGCACUUUAGCCAGCAUCUUCAGGAGGAACUGCAACUAUUUAUUACGAACCUGUGAGUUUUAUUUUUAAGGAUUCACCUGGAAAUAGAAUCUGAGUGGGUGGUAACAAUUAGCUUUAAAAAUUUCACUAAGAGGCAACUGUGAAAAGGCUAAAGUAAGUAAUAAACCCCAUUGGGGUUGGACUGUCUCCCUCACUCAAGAUCUUGAGGACAACAUCUCUAACUAUAGUUUUAUUUUUCCAUUUACCUACUUUCUCUUACUUGCUUUGAACAUUAUGCCUCACCAAUAGUAAAUGUUCAUGAAAUCCUUCUUCGAACUUUUGGUAUAGUAAGGUAACUCAAUCAGUAUUACUGUCUUUUUCAGCAAUAACAGAAGCAAAGAUGGGUGGGUUUUUUUUAAGCAGUUAAUAUUACCUCAGCAUUCUGACAUCAGAUAUGCAAACUUAAUGGUGUUUUGUUUUUUUAUAUUCUAUUUGUAUUCUUUCCCCAUUAUUUCCCAUGGGGAUCUCCACAAGUUUGGAGUUUUUUCCUGGUGCACACAUGAGAUGUGAUUUAAGGUAUUAUAUGCAAGUGUUUCACUAAAAAGCACUGAAAUUCUUCUGGCAAUACAAGAAACCAUUUUCAGGAUCUUGGAGUUACUUCCUUCUUAAUCUUUCUUAAAGCAUUCACUGACAGUUUUUGUUAUUUCAAAACAAAACGAAAAAAGCACGUUCAGAAGUUAGUCUAUGUUCUGUCACUAACAUUUAAACUUUGCAGACUCCGGCAAAAAGUACAAGAGGUCAUGUGCUCUUACACAAAUUUAGCAGUAUUGCAAUUACCUUGAACAGGGACACACUUAGGCAAAGAGACCAGGAAUGAAUCAGCAGGUCUUGAGAACCAGAUAACCUUUCUGUUCACGUUUCAUCUGAUUUUUAACCUCUGCAUGAGGCUUUGAUUCUGAAGGACUCAAACAAUCAAACUAAGGAAGGACUCACUGUUGUAGAAGAUGUGUUCUGAUGUCUUACAUUAAGACCGAAUGUGACACAAUAUGAUUAUUUUCCAGUACCUUGCUUUUUAGGUACCACUUCAUGACAUUUAGGAACUAGUAUUGGAAAAUACAAUGAGAAUCAGAACUUUUUUUAAGAAAAAUGGAAAAGUCUUCCGGAACAGUGUUACACCUUAUAGUGUGAUUUAGUCCAUGAAACAGAAUGAAUAUCUGGCCUGCCUACGGUAGUUACAGUGUAACUUCUGGCUGCAGACCACACAGGCUAAUGUAGUCUAUAUAGUAUACGUGUCAAGAGCACAGCUUCUAUUUCAUUUAUCUUAGCAAUCAUGCCAACUCAUGAGACCAAAAGGCCUAUUUAAGUGAAGUCUCUUAGUCAACAAAUACGUUAUUUCAGUCUUAGUGCUUCUCCUCUGGCUUUCUGUGACUGAUGGUGGCGAUAGGAAGUUAAAAAAGAGUCAGCUCAUUGGGUUUCUUUACCAAUAAAACCUCUGAGGGUGCCAUGGAAAGCAAAAGGGCUUCCUCCUUUAGCUAUGUGCCCCAGAACUCACUGCACCCCGAAAAUCAGUAUUAAUGAAAAGUACUGUUUUCUUGAAAAAGGAAGUUUAAUGUCCUUAGAUGAACAGGACCAAAUAAGUAUACAUCUCAAUUAGAUUAAAAUGCAACAUAAGUUAAAAAUUCUAAGCUUAAGUUUUUUCUUCAAGAAUAGUAUUAUCAGAGUUUAAAAUGAGUUAUCUUUGUAUAACUUUACAGCCUCACAGCCACAUGAAUUUAGAUGUUUGGAGUAGAUAGUAAAUCAUUUCAUUCUCAUUCUAAGACAUUACUGACUUAACCAUGUAUCUUCUGUUUAUCAGUCUGAAACUUGAUUAUAUGUAGUAAGUAGACUACUCACAACACUGCAACCAUUGUAAGACUUGGAAUAGGAUUUGCCAAGUAUUACUUAAGUACUGUCUCAUCUAAAAUAGAGAAUGUUACAGAGUUGCAUAGUCUGUUUCCCACAAAAAAAAAAAAAGGAAAAGAAUAGGAAUACAAACUAUUUCUAAUAUGCUGAUAUAGAAGCCUUAAAACUGCCAACUAGCUUGAUGAUUAAACUUAGUAACCUAAUUUUUUCCAUACUUGCUCCUUGAUUUUUAGAUUCAUUUUCCCAAAGCAAGGUUUAGUCAUACAAACAUGAAAAUACACUUAAAAUGUUCUUAGUUGUCAUUCUAUUUUUAUUGCCUAUAGAAUGUUAAUUUCUAAAAGAUAAAGGAAAGGCACCAAACUCCUGAAUUCUAAUAUAAUAAUUUAAUUAAAUUAAAGCAAGAAAAAAACUCUUGAUGUGUUUUACCCCUUAAUU